AUGAUUCAAAGAGGUUUGCAGCCUAUUGUGGUUACGUUUACAACAAAGAUAAAUGGGGUUUGCAAGAAAGGAAAGACAAAGGAAGCUAAUGAGUUGUUAGAAUUCAUGAGUCAGAAAAGCUUGCAGCUUAAUGUGGUGACUUUUAAUACAAUGAUAAAUGGGCUUUGCAAGGAGGGGAAGAUGGAGGAAGCUAAUGGGUUGUUGGAAUUAAUAAGUCAAAGAGGUUUGGAGCCUACUGUGGUGACAUUUACUACAAUGAUAAAUGGGGUUUGCAAGGAGGGGAAGGGUUUGCAGCCUAAUGUGGUGACUUUUAGUACAAUGAUAAAUGGGCUUUGUAAGGAGGAGAAGAUGGAGGAAGCUAAUGGGAUGAUGGAAUCGAUGAUUCAAAGAGUAUUGUAG